UGACAGCAUUUAUUUUAUUUGUCAAGUGUUUGAUGUUGUUUGCAGUUUGAUUGUUUUAGAAAUUUUAAAUCUGCUGUAUAGUUUAUAGCAGAUUUAACUAAACAAUCUUAAUUCUAGAUAGAGCAGAAUAAAAUAAAUAAUUUGAAAUAUGACAUCAACUCAAUGUGUUGUACAAUUCUGCAAACUUUCAAUUUUUAAUAAAGUUCCCGGUGUAACAUUUCAUGGAUGUCCCACUUCGACUGAAAUGCGAAAUAAAUGGCUACACGCGUUGCGCCAUAAAUGUGUUCUUUUAGAUUGGACUAAAAGUAGGAUUUGCUCUAAACAUUUUGAAAGUCAUUGUUUUGAUUCUCAAAGAAGAUUAAAGGAUAAUGCAGUUCCAACAAUUUUUCCCAGUGUAAAUAAAAAACAUUUACCUAAGACUUACAUCUCAAGAACUAAAAUUGAAAGAAUUUUAAGUAGAAUGACUCAACAAGAGAUCAUGACUGAUAUAAAAAAUUCAAUGAAUAAGCUAAAAGAGCCCAUGAACCUAGAUAAUAUGGUGAAUGAAGAAAUGAAAUUUAAAGGAGAGGUAUCCACUGAGGCACAAUUGUGGCUGAUUGUAAAGAAACAGGAACAUUUAAAUACAAGACUCAUGGAACUCUUAGCUCAAAAUAAAAAACAUGUUGAAGCUCUACAAAGCAAUAUUAAGCAAAAUAAAAAUAACAAGAAAGAUGUUGAUCAAAGUAUGGAGACUCACAAGUAUAUUGUAAAAUGUCUACAAGAAAAACUCGCUACAUAUGAAGAACAAAUUGAAAUAUUGACGGCAGUUGAAGCUCGAUGAGAUGUAUUAGGCAUAGAAAGUCCAUUCAAUAAAACUUCAUUUGAUUUAAAGAAAA